GCCGCGCUGUUCGCCCACGUCUCCGCUCGUUUCGUUUCGGUUUUCUUCCUCUCUCUCUCUCUCAUCAAGACAUCAUCGUCGCCACCUCCUCUCCGUCUCCAUCGCCUUCGGCCUCCGCCUCCAACAAAUCCAUCCACCCGCGAAUCCACUCGAAUCCGAGGAUCAGCGGCGGCGGCGGUGGUCGGCGGGCCAUGGCGCACCGGUUGGACAACGAAUACGACUACCUCUUUAAGAUCGUGCUCAUCGGCGAUUCUGGCGUCGGCAAGUCCAACAUCCUCUCCCGAUUCACCCGCAACGAGUUCUGCCUCGAGUCCAAGUCCACCAUCGGCGUCGAAUUCGCCACUCGCACCCUCCAGAUAGAAGGUAAGACCAUCAAAGCUCAGAUAUGGGAUACUGCUGGGCAAGAGAGGUACCGUGCAAUCACAAGUGCUUACUACAGGGGAGCUGUCGGUGCACUUUUAGUGUAUGACAUCACAAAGAAGCAGACGUUUGAAAACAUCCUGAGGUGGCUUCGUGAACUCCGCGACCAUGCGGACUCCAACAUUGUCAUUAUGAUGGUUGGUAACAAAUCUGACCUUAACCACCUGAGGUCGGUUCCAGAGGAAGAUGGUCAGGCAUUAGCAGAGAAGGAAGGCUUAUCCUUCCUUGAGACCUCAGCACUUGAAGCUCUUAACGUUGAGAAGGCAUUUCAGACUAUCCUCUCUGAUAUCCAUCAGAUCAUAAGCAAAAAGGCACUUGCUGCCCAAGAGGCAGCAGGCAGUGGACCUCCGAUUCAGGGAACCACCAUUAAUGUUACCGAUGCAUCUGCGAACACGAGGAGAGGGUGCUGUUCUUCCUAGGUGCAAACAAAGAACUGGCGAUGCUGCAAAAGGAGAACUCUGGUGGGGUUGUAAUCAUAAUUCAUACUGCUGCAAAGAAAUUUCCCUUUCAGGUAGAUAUCAUGUGUAGUUGCAAAAUUUUGGUAGAGACCACCGUUUGGCAGACUUACUACAGUUUCAGAGCAAUGUCGUGUUUUCAUUCAGUAUGCUUAUCCUAAUAUGGUGUUAAUUAUUGGAAAAGAAAAAUCAGAUGUUUCUUGUCUUUCUACUUGAGAAUGUGUAUUAUCCAACAUUUCUGAUUUGUGUUAGGAACUAAAAGCAUAUCCAUCCCAUAUUUCCA